AAUGCCCGGUUCGUCCCAUCGGAUUACCGAGAUGCGUUCGUUUGUAUCCUAUUCAUGCGUGGUUCUGAGGGGCUUUCGAUUUCGUACAUUCACACAAAGGCUCCAGCGGAAACCGAACAUAUUUCAAACUCUUGUCCUCCCGAUGAAAGCGGGACUGUACAUUAUGGAAGAAUUUGAGCUUCAAGAGAGCAGCAAGUGGAUUUAAUGUUAGGGUCAGCGGGCGACUUGUAGGGUAGAGAGCACAGGAGUCUGGUAAGCAAGGCGCAGAAUUUCGUCGUAGGGAUUCCGCCGUAAGCCUUGCGACUUCACGGAGUGAACAUGGCUGGCAAUUUCACUAUGCCGCAUGAACUGGACACCACAGAGGUGGACAUGAAUGGCUUGUGCGUCCUUCACUUGCUGCGCACGCGUCUGGGAUUUAUGUUCUCUAUGAGUGAGCUUGCCGUGGAGCUAUUCAAGGAAAACCCGGGUGCUUUCAUAAAGGACAUAAGAUCCGGGAGAUACAAAAGAUUUCAUGUCACGGACGAGGAUGUGAUGCUGAGACUGGCGCAAUUGCAAAUUCCUCCUGAAUCAAUCACAGUUCCUGGGGCAACUCUGCUUCCUUCAGAUACGGUGGAAGCCCUACUUCGUGAUCGGCGUAAGGCGGAGCUGGUGGAAGUUGUGCGUUUAGCUCUGCUGAAGGUCGUUUCAGCCGAUGCUGCAAAGCUUCUGGCUCAAGGGCUUUUCGAAGAAUGCCUACCUGUAGCAAUUGAUGCGAUCAACAAGGGAAAAGUUCUCUACUAUCCUGAAUACAAGCUCCAACUGGUCCCAGUGUACCUUCUUGGAGCCCAGGCAAAUCUGGGUCUCGGGCGAGCAGUGCAGGCCGAGGACAUGCUGGGCAUUGCCGCAUGGCUGUUAAUCGAGGAUAAGUCAGAUGAAGAUAAGAUUGCAAUUCGCGCAGAAAUUACACGAAUUUUCGGUGUGCUGUACUACCUGGAGAAGAAGUAUGACAUGGCUUUGAAAGCAUUCGGGGAGCACAUAUACUACACGUCCGUGCAAUUUGGCGUCAGGGAUCUCCGUAACAGUAUUGGCAUGUACAACUUGUUCACAGUGUUUCAAGCGCAGGGUGAGAAGUACAAGAGCAAACGGUGCAGCAAUGUGGUGGUCGAAUGGUGGCUCGAUGCCUUGAAAGAAGUGGUUCUCGGAAUUCCCUACAAGAGACUAACUCCCUGGGAGACUCCUCAGUAUCCUGGUCGUGAGCCAGAAAUGGAGAAUUUCAAGACGCAGAUGGAGAGAAUGUAUUUUAAGGAAGUGACAGAUAUGCUGCAGGAAAUAUCGGUUUUCAGGUCAUCGUCAGAAGGAGAAGGCGCUAGUGUUGCAGAGGUGUGCUUGGUUCUAGGACUUGCGUUCACCCAUAGCAGAAUGUACGUCUUGGCCCGUGAGCACUUAGAGCACGCAGCUGACCUUUGCGGCUCCGAGGACCAAGAAACGCUGGUGCUCAUCAACAGUUGCCUCAAGCUUAUCCCAAAGCCAGCAAUUCACGUGCCGAUGCCUCUACAGAAAUCUCGGUAGAUGCACAGCCCAGUAGCUCAUCAUAGCUCAUGGUCAAGCCACUCGGCCGUCUUGCAAGCUAACAUUCUUAACAUUCUUCGUAUGUGAUGUGCAUGUUCUUGGUAGACGUGCAUGACGAAGUUCUACUUACCUUUACCAAUUCUCAUCAAUGCGCUCAAUACUUUUUCAUGCCGAGACAUGAUCUGGAAAGUCCUAGGACAGGAAUUCUGUUGCGCAAGUAGGAUAACUUUUGCCAGUCUACAAAGAGUUUAAUGAUCUUCAAGCAGUAGGAAGAGAAGCUCCAGCAAUCGAGCUUCUGCUGGACGAAUAAGAACAACCUCGUCGCUCUUAUAGAUAUGUAGAAGCUCUAGUAGGUAGGUCCUCAGGAUGAUGACCGAGCACGACGUUCUCUUCCUAGCCGAAGGAGGAUCAAAAAAUAAAAUCAAGUUUCUAACGGAAGAGGACUCGAGUCACAGUUCUGCCAUUAAAGACCGCAUCUGAACAAGGUUCUAGACUCUACAUGCAUCAGAAGCAGUGGGUCUUUAAGGCUCAUUCCCACAUCGCUAAGCAAGUAAUCAAGUACCACAAUCGGUGACCAUAACGCCAGUCAACGUAGCCAUGUUCAGGCGAGUACUUUGUCGAAGAAGACACCGGCACCUUAUGU